CCACCUGCUGUGGGCCACAAACAGAGAACAGAGAAGGACCAGGCUUACACACAUCAUACCAACUACUCAACUACUACUCAGUCAGAAAGGUGAUCAUAAGUUAAUACUGUCAGCAAAAGUAAAUUAGAAUCAUAGAUAUUACAAUAAGAGGUCAGACAGACUGCAGUUAGUUAAGAUGGUCGACUAUGUCAAUAAACAGGUUAUUGAAUUAAACAAGGUUAUUGAAGGAAACGAGAACAGAGCAACGAGGAGAGUAAAGACUGAGACCCAUCUCUCAGAUGGAGGAACAAGACUCUACAGGCUGGCUGCUGUGUGUUUUGGGAUGAUGUGUAUUCUACAAGUCAUUCUCAACAUCUCCCUAAAGCUAGCUUUUUGUACCGGAAGAGUGGUGGAAGAGAGGGACAUAGGGGUCCCAACAAGGACUCUGUUAGGGUGUAUUGAAGGAUGGAGGCUGUCGGGAUCCAGCUGUUACUUCCUGUCUACUGAGAGGAAAACAUGGGAGGAGAGCAGACAAGACUGUCUGGAGAGAGGAGCAGACCUGGUGGUUGUAAACAGCAGAAAUGAACAGAUAUUCCUCACUGGAUUAAACAGGAAUAUUGAUAGUGUUUGGAUCGGUCUGACUGAUAGAGAGACAGAGGGGACCUGGAAAUGGGUGGAUGGUACACCACUGGCCACAAGGUACUGGGGGCGUAACCAGCCUGAUAAUGGUGUUGUUUUUGCAGUACACAUAGGAGAGGAGGACUGUGUUGAGAUUAAUUAUAGGUAUACUGACCCUGUAAAUAAAUGGAAUGACAUAGCAUGUAACUCUCAAUUUAACUGGAUUUGUGAAAGGGUGAUAUAACAAACAAUAGCUUAUUAUGUACAGUAGCAUUGCAUGUAGGUCUCUCUCUCUUUCGCUCACUUUCUAUAUGGUUAGGGUUAGGCAUAAGAUUAGCAGUGUGGUUAGGGUUAGGUUUACAAUCAGAUUUGAAGCAGAUACAUUUUAGAAAUAGGCAGGGUUUCUGACUUUGCAAUUAGGCCAGAUAGUGACAACCGAGAAAUAGUGGUAUUACAGACUUGCCUAUGGGCUCUUUCUCAACUCACCUUUCCUCGAUUCCUCCUCACAUCUUCUCUCCUCCUCUCCUCAACACACAUUGGAGGAUACAAUCCAAGGGGAGGGACCUUGGGCCUCCUCUUAUAGAGUUGAGGGUGAGGAGAAAAGGAGAGGAGAUUAAAUAAAUAAAAAUUAAAAAACGUGGAGUAGACGUUGAAUUUAUGUCUGUGCCAGUGGGACUGUACUCUGUAAAAUGCUUGUAUUAAUUGAUUUUAUUAGGAACGUGUCAUUCCAUAGGCUUAGGCACAGAAAGUUAGGUAAUAAAGGAGCAAUUGUCAGGAUUUACCAAGGUGGGUGGAAUCAGGCGCAGAGAGCAGGUUUCAGUGAUUAGACAGUUUAAUCUCCGGAGCACAAAAACAAUGGUCAAUCCAACACACAGGGUGAAUAAUCCAAUGCAGGACCAAAACAGUCCGGAGAAAAAAAACACAUGAACCCCAACCAAAUAACAGGAAUACAAAAACAAUCCCGCACAAAACAAGGGCGGGACAACCUACUACAUAUAAGGACACUAAUUAAACUAAAAUACACACCGGUGAAACUAAUAAGACAAAUCCAACAGACAAACGAAAAAGGGAUCGGUAGUGGCUAGUAGGACGGUGACGACGACCGCCGAGCACCGCCCAAACAGGCAGGAGAGCCAACUUCGGCGGAAGUCGUGGCAGCAGGUGUACCAGCUUCAUGCUUGAAUGUGAUUGGUUCGUUAAAAUAGUGUGACAUGAACACAGACAGAGGGUAGAACAGUACUACAAAAAAGUACUACAAAAAAAGUAUGAAAAUGCAAGCCGCUUUGGAUAAGAGCGUCUGCUAAAUGAGUAAAAUGUCAAAUGUACUAAGAGGACACAGAUACACACUGCAUGCCGAACGCAGGCACGUACACAAGCAUGCAGGCAGGCACACACUUACACAUACACACAAGUGUGAAGUUCAGCAUACAGUAGAUAUUAACAUUAGGAAUCAGUUAGAAAGGUAAUCAUAUAGUAGAUAUUACCACUAGGAGUCUUUUUUUUCUUCUUAAAGGGGUGGAUCAGCUUAAUAUUGCGGAAAGAAUAUUAGUUCCAUCAAUGUAAUUGUCUGCAUCAUUUCCAAUCCUCCAUAUAUUUUUGGGGUAAAUAUAUAUAUCCAUACACGCAUGCAUACAUAUACACAUAUAUACAUACACAUACCUAUAUAGACAUACUUUUUAAAGAAUAUACCUUUAUUAUUAUUCCCCGCAAUUGGAGUAAACUAAUAAACACUUCGGCUUUUACCUUCAAUUUAUACAUCUUAUACACAUUUUACAGACACAGUCUACUUUACAAUAGUUAUUUUGUUUGUUUUUAGUCCUUCCUCUAUAUCUGAUGUCCAUCCAGUUUGAUUUCUAUUUGUAACUGUGCUAUUUCACAAAGGAUCUGAACCUGUAUACAUUUUAUAGACCCCGUAUGUUUUACAUGUUUUAUCUUCAUAUUAGUCCCACCUUUCAGCUCCAUUCAACCUCUCCCAUCUAUCUCACAACAUUAUUCAUUUUGGAUUUCUAUUUGCCAUAUAUUUUUCAACUGUGCUGUGAUGCUUCACAAAUCAAUUUAACCUUUCUAAUUUCAUAGCUUCUACAGAUUGUAAAUUAAAAAUAAAAUGUUUUGCUAAAAUAA